AUGCAGGUUUCUUAUUCAGCAAGCGGUUUACACUUAUCUCAAGCUAACUAUGCAGCCUCUAUUCUUCACCGAGCUGGCAUGGCUGAGUGUAAGCCGAUUUCUUCUCCAAUUUCGUCUAAGGUUAUUGUUGAUUCAACAACUCCUGCUAUUCCUCUGAAUAUCGCUACAGCAGAUCUUUUUCGGCAUUUGGUAGGAUCUCUACAAUACUUGACGCUUACGGGUUCGGAUAUUGCCUUUACUAUGAAUAAGUUAUGUCAACAUAUGCAUAGUCCUGAUGAUACUGAUUUCAAACUGCUUAAACGUCUUCUACGUUAUAUUAAAGGCACUAUUAAAUUUGGUUUGCCGAUUACUGCAACAAGUCUUGACUUCCAUGCUUAUUCAGAUUCUGAUUGGGCUGGCGACCCUCUUAAUCGAAAAUCGAUUACUGGUUUUUGUGCUUUUCUUGGUAGCAACCUCAUUUCUUGGCAAGUCAAGAAACAAAAGACCGUCGCACGUUCGUCUACCGAAGCAGAAUAUCGUGCUCUUGCUACGGCUGCUACGGAUAUUACCUGGCUUCGCAGGUUAUUACAGGAAUUUCAAAUUCUUUCAUCCAAGCCGACAGUCUUGAUGAGUGAUAACACAUCCUCCAUAGCAAUUGCUAACGAUCCUAUUUUCCAUGCUAGAACAAAACAUAUUGAAAUAGAUUUCCAUUUCAUUCGUGAAUGCAUUCAGAACAAUGUGCUUCGCAUUUCACAUGUUCAUACCACUGAUCAAUUAGCUGAUCUAUUUACUAAAGCUCUGUCUAUACCCAGAUUUCAGGAUUUGUGUGACAAGCUUAACAUUGCUGAAGCCACUGUUAGCUUGCGGGGAGGUGAUAAGCAAGCCGACAUUUCAUAA